GGGGACGACAACCCGGCGUUGCGUUUCCACUUGGACACACCCGGCCUCCUUUUUAUUUCUCUCCCCUCCACGCCUUCCCCACGCGCCCGCCCACACACUGACACAGACACCCUCCUCUUUCGGCAUCUCCCCCCUGGAGGCGAGGCGACGAACUGGGCGAGCGGCGCCGCCCUUUGCCCAGGUCUCUCGGCGCUCCACCAGCUAGCGACUCCGCCAGGGCAGCAGCAGCAGCAGCAGACGGAUCGAUGGCGUCGUCGGUGCCGGCGCCAUCGGGGUCGGUGAUCACCGUGGCGUCGUCCUCGUCGUCCGCGACCGCGGCCGCGGUGUGCGGCACCGGGUCGCCGUGCGCGGCGUGCAAGUUCCUGCGGCGCAAGUGCCAGCCGGCCUGCGUGUUCGCGCCCUACUUCCCGCCGGACAACCCGCAGAAGUUCGUGCACGUGCACCGCGUCUUCGGCGCCAGCAACGUGACCAAGCUGCUCAACGAGCUCCACCCCUUCCAGCGCGAGGACGCCGUGAACUCGCUCGCCUACGAGGCCGACAUGCGCCUCCGCGACCCCGUCUACGGCUGCGUCGGGGUCAUCUCCAUCCUCCAGCACAACCUCCGCCAGCUCCAGCAGGACCUCGCCCGCGCCAAGUACGAGCUCUCCAAGUACCAGGCGGCGGCGGCGGCGGCUUCCGCGUCGAUGGGGCCGAACGGGCCGCAAGCCAUGGCGGAGUUCAUCGGCAGCGCGGUGCCCAACGGCGCGCACAACUUCAUCAACAUUGGGCACUCGCCGGCGCUCGGCUCCAUCGGAGGCUCCCCCGCCGCGUUCGGGCAGGAGCAGUUCGCCAACGCGCAGAUGCUGUCCAGGAGCUACGACGGCGAGCCCAUCGCGAGGCUGGGGAUCAGGGUUUUUAAUUCCGGUAUGAAAAAAAAUCGGCUAUCACCGAUAAAGUCGAAAUAUCGGGAUUUUUUAUUUUUAUUUUUAUUUUUUAUGUUUUAUUUUUAAAUUUAUUUUUUAGUGAAACAAAUAUUUAAAAAAUAAAUUUCGGCCGGUAAAAAAUUAUCGGACCCGCCGAUAAAAUCAAAAUAUCGGGUAUACCGCGAAAUUUCGAGCGAUGUUGUGAACCAUGCAAACUAUGUAAUUCAUUUUUUAUUUCGUUUAAAUUUAA